GCUCCAGCGCCUGUCCGGACGGCGGGGCUGCGGUGCCUGGGGGUGCCCGUGUCCCCUGGGGCAGGCCGGGCGGCGGCAGAGCGGGAGCGGCCGCGGCGCUCCCGGGGCUCCCGGCCCGGCCCUCCCCGUUCGCGGCCCCGUCGCCAGGAGACGGCGCGCGGGAGGAGCGGGAGGAGCGGGAGGAAGCGGAUCCGGCAUGGGAGGGCCGCGCGUGUCACUGCCGGCACCGCUUCCGGCGCCAUGGGCGUCCAGGGGCUCACGGGCUUCGUGGAGGAGCGCGGGGUGUUCUUCACCGAGCUGCGGGUGCGGGACACCAAGCUGGUCAUCGACGGCAGCAGCCUCUACCACCGCCUCUGCUUCGCCCCCGACGCCGACUUCCGGCGCGGCGGCGACUACGGCGCCUUCGCCGCGGCCGUGCGCGACUUCUUCGGCGCCCUGCGGGCCUGCGGCGUCGCGCCCUUCGUGGUGCUGGACGGCGGGCGCGGCGCCGAGGACAGGAAGCUGCCCACGCUGCGGGGCCGCGCCGCCGAGCAGCUGCGGGCGGCCCACGGGCUGUCCCGCGGCGCCGGCGGCCGCCUGGCGCCGCUGCUGACCCGCGAGGCCUUCGUGCAGGCGCUGGGCCGGCUCGGCGUGCCCUUCGUGCAGUGCUUCGCCGAGGCCGACCGGGAGAUCGCCGGGCUGGCCAACCGCUGGGGCUGCCCCGUGCUCUCCCUCGACAGCGACUUCUUCGUGUUCGACCUGGCGGGCGGCUACUGCCCGCUGUCCCACUUCCAGUGGCAGAGCGUGCGCGCCGCCGCGCCGCAGGGCUGCUACGUGCCCGCGCGCUGCUUCUCGGCCGAGCGCUUCUGCGGGCACUUCGGGCGCCUGAGCAAGGCGCUGCUCCCGCUCUUCGCCGUCAUGCACGGCAACGACUUCGUCGGCCUGGAAGCGCUGGAGGCGUUCUUCAGCAAGGUGCGCCUGCCGAGGGGCUGCGCGGCGGGGCGGGGCGGCAAGCACCUCCGCCUGCAGGGGCUGCUGAACUGGCUGGCGCAGUUUGCGGAGCCCGCCGAGGCCGUGGACAACGUGCUGAAGUACCUCAAGAAACACCAGAGGGAAGAAAUACGGGAGAUUCUGUGCGCUUCAAUGGAGGACUAUGCUCCGUCUGACGUGAAUCUCGAGGACUUCUUUCAGAAUGGGAGCUAUGAGUGCGAGGCUGCCAGGAAAGCAGACGUGCCGCAGUGGGUACUUGAUGCUUUGUCGAAAGGUAAGCUGGCCCCGUUCGUCAUCAAUGCCCUGAUACUUAGAAGUACCUUCCUCCGCGUUCAGGUGGAGAACAUGCAGAGACCCAGUGCUCAUAGCACAGCUUUGCCCAUCCGACAAGUUAUCUAUGGACUGCUUCUGAGAGUAUCUCACAGUACUGAAGAUGCCUCUCCAAGUAAGCAGACCAGCGAGCUGCCCAUUGUAUGUGAAUUUGACAGAUGCCAAAAGACGCUUAAAAAAACAUCUGUUCAAGCAGCAAGCCUACCCCCAGGUUUUUGUGAUGAUCGUUUUCCUUUGGACAAGUUAAUGGAGGUGCCUGUUUCAUGCCGUCAGAUGCUUUUGCUGGAGACUCUGGGAGUGAAAAUGAGUUUCCUAGAACCUCUCCCAAGUCAUUUACAACUCCCUGUUGCUGUAACGUGUUACUGGAUACGUUGUUCAGAACCAAAAGUUAAGCUGAACCAAUUAAAGGCUCUGCUUCUAACGAUAGUUUCUGGAGAACUGCAGAGGAUAACCGAUGAUCCAGAUCCCACAGUUCUACCUGCUGAAGAUGACUGCGUUGCAUAUAACGAAUUUCUAAAAUGGAAGGAAAAGAAAUUGCAAAAUAACGACUUUGAUUUAGAUGCUGCACACAGUUUUUGCCAGUGGCAGUGCUGUCUUCAGAUGGGAUUGUAUCUCAACCAGCUACUUGGUACUCCUCUCUCUGAGCCAGACCUCAGUAGGCUUUACACUGGGACCCUUGUGCACCGACUGUAUCAAGAGCUUAAAUCAGCACCUUCAGUGGAAAAUCUGUUUAUCUUAUCUACAAAAAUGGCUCAGCUUUAUCUGGUUUUGUUAAAUACAGUGGAGUCAAUAGUCUCUCCAGACUUCUUUCAGAAGAUGAACAAGACCAGAUCAGAGUCCUGCAAAAAGAGGAAAGCAUCUAGUAAGAAAAAAACAGCCACCCGAUGUGCUGUGCCAGAAACUCAGCAUUUGUGCAAUGUUAACAGGUUUGCAGCACUGGAAGUGGAUGACUGAAAGCACUAUUCUUGGAAUAACUUCUAAUGCCAUGCUGAUGAAAGAAGUAACAUUAAAAUAUGUCACUGUAUUGGAGUUUGCUCAACUGUUUUCACACAGGUUCCUGAUUCAAUCUUUACCAAACACCUUGGUUCAGGGGAUUUUUAUGUACCUUUUUGUAACUUACAUUUUGUCACUUUACAUUUUGUAACUUACUUUGUAUAAAAGAAAUGCUGUCUAAAAGUUGUGGCGUUUUCUUUUUCUUUACGGGUAUCAGUCUAAUUGAAAAUGAGAGCAAAGUCAUUUAGCAUUUCAAAGGAGGCCUAUUUUAGAGAAGUUCUUUUCCUGAACAUUUAUAGUUGGCUUUGCCUCAUCUCCCUGAAUACUUCAUUUACAAAACAUCCAACUGUAAAGUUUGUGUUUGAGGAACACAGUGGUCACAGUCUAACAGCCGAGAUUAAAAGAGAAAUUGACAGGUUUAAAAAUAGUGGAAAGUCAGUCAUUACUGGUAGAGUACUUUUACUUGCAGGGAGAGGUAGCUUUGCUCAGUGACAACUGAGUAAGUUGUGCUUGCAGUAUUACAGGUUCUGACAGUACUCAGGGAGAAACUUCAGAUUUUAUUUCUACCCCUUCCGCCUGUGAUGUGUUAAAAAAAGACUUACAUGCCCACACAAAGCUGUCACAUGGGAGCAAGUUUCUACAGGUUUGCUAAUUCUCAGUAGUUGUCAUAGUAAUUGUGUACAAUCCUCUGCUAUUGAGCUGCUGCCACUCUUAUUCUUUCUACAAUGGCUGUUCUGACUUCCUCCAUGUACACUAAUUACUUGAUAAACCCCUGCUAUCUACACGGUAAUACUGAGAAACAAUUUAUGAAUUUUCUUUUAAAAUCCUACAUCAUCUAUUCCUCAGUGCUUUGCAUUAGCAAACUUUCCAUCCUAUUUAGUUUAUAUAAACACUUCUAUUAUUAAACUAUUGGUUUU